UAAUUCUCUUCUUUCUUCCCCCCCCCCGCUCUCUCUGGCUCCCCCUCUUCUUCUCCUUCUUUUGGAGAAGUAAGCAUUUAGGCAACCGGGAGGCGCGGCCGGAGAACUUGAGCGGACAAGUUCCUUCGGAUCGAGGUAGAUCGAGAGAAAGAAAGCAGCCAGACAUCGGUAGCGACCGAGGGAGCUUCGGAUCUGACUCCAGCUCCUCCAGGACGAGGCGCAAGCGCCGGCCCAAUCCGGAGCGAGAGGAAGGGGGAAAAAAUCAGGUGCAAGCUUUCAAGGACUUUAAAAUCCCCAAGCCUGGAAAAGCCGGGACGGAAAUCAGCGCUGGCAGCGAGCAACCAGCGAGUGGGAAAAUUCGCAGAAAAGCAAAGUUCUCUUGGCGCGCGCUUCGGUUCUCCUGCGCUCCGGAGUCGAGCCGGAUAUUAUUCCGAAUUUCCACAAGGAGUUUUGGGCCAGUUGAGAAAGAAAGGGGGGCACGCGCGUAAUUCCUAUCCCCUGGACGUUUAUUUUCCUGGAGUUUGCUUAGUUUCCAAACUUGCGACCAACCCUCCUUCCCUCCAUCUCUUGGGGGGGCUGACUUCACCGCUGGUUUCGUCACUUGUUUUUCGGAGACGGGCUCCGGCCGAGGACUUUCCUCCUCCGCUAAUCGGGGCGAGCUGGGACCGAGAGGGAUCGGGGCCCUCCUGGCUUUUGCGCCCCUCGGAGCCCCCGAUCCUAUGAGCCACUAGCGCCGCGAGUCCUCUCUCUCUCUCUGCCCCGGGAGCGCAUCGGAGUCCUGGCCGGAGAUGGGUCGGCGCGCCCGGGGGCUCCUCUCCUGCCUGCUGGCCUGGUGGGUGGGCGUCGGAGGCGCCCAGGAAGCUGUGUACUUCCAAGAAAACCCUUCUAACCUGACGUCCUCAUUGGGUAAAGACGUGAAACUCUCCUGCUCCGUCCACGCCGUGGGUGAGCCCCCUGAAAUCAGCUGGCUGAGGGACGGUGCAGUCCUGGAAGUUGCCGACAGUAACCAGAUUCAGGUGCCUGUGGAUGAUGAAGAAUGGAUGACCACCAGCGAACUGAGCAUCCCUUCGGUAAAGCUCUCCGAUAUGGGAAGCUACCAGUGCGUGACCUGGAUGAACGGAUCGGAAAUUUUCUCCGAGGAGGCCUACUUGCAAUUAGAAGGUCUGCCCCUUUUCGCCGAGGAGCCGGAGGAUCUUGACCUCCCUGCUGGUUCUUCUUUCAACCUGACCUGCAGGGCGCAGGGCCCGCCGGAGCCGGUCUUGGUGAUCUGGCUGCAGGACAGCGCCCCCCUCAACUCCUUGGCCGACCCGCUGGCCCGGACCCCGUCCGUGUUGACUGUGAAAGGUUUGAAUCACAGCGCAUCCUUCUCCUGUGAAGCUCACAAUGCGAAAGGUGUGAGCACGUCUCGAACGGCGGUGGUGAAAGUGAUACCUGGACGGCCCCGUGAAUUGUCUCUGGUGGAUCACCACGAGCGCAGCUUGGAAGUCGCAUGGGAACCCGGAGCUAGCGGUGCCUACGCUCUAGAGUUCUGCACCAUCCAGGCGGUCCCCUCUGAUGAAGACCUCAGCACGGUUUCCGAGAGGGCGCUCUACAACCAGAAUGUCCGCGUGCCCCCCUUCCGCCACACUCUGACCGGCUUGACCCCCUUCACCACCUACCACGUCCGCGUGUCUUGCCGGUCCCGGGAGGGUAACUCUCCGUGGACCCAUUGGGUAGCCAUGGAAACGAUGGAAGGAGUCCCUACAGGUGCGCCAGAGAACAUCAUGGCCACUCAAAAUGGCACUUGCACCAUCAUCCAGUGGGACGAACCACGAGGAGACAUCAACGGGAUCAUCCGUGGAUACAAGCUGGUUUGCCAAAGUGGCGACUCCCCAGAGGUGGUUGUGGACGUGGGGUUGACCAACGAGACUGUCUUGAUGCUGAACUCGACAGACCGGAAUCUGACCGUGCGAGUCGCAGCCUAUACCGGCGCAGGCGAUGGGCCGUGGAGCAGGGCCAUCAUGAUUUCUUCCACGGGGCCUGGUGAAAAACUACCUGAACCCCAGCAAGUAGGAGGCCACCACCUUGCCUUUUCCUGGCACUGGUGGUAUGUGGUGGCAGCGGUGGGGAUUGUCGUUGCUGCCAUUAUCUAUAUCACCAUCUUCCUAGCACGGAUGAGGAAGAAGGAAACCCGCUACGGGGAGGCAUUUGAACCGAGCAUGGAGCAAGGAGAGCUGGUGGUUCAUUACCGGGUCCGCAAAUCCUACAGCCGUCGUACCACCGAAGCCACGUUGAACAGUCUGGGCAUUAGUGAGGAAUUGAAAGAGAAGCUGAGAGAUGUGAUGAUUGAUCGCCACAAGGUGGCACUGGGCAAAACGCUCGGCGAAGGAGAAUUUGGUGCAGUGAUGGAAGGGCAGCUCAACCAAGACGGUGCUGUUCUGAAGGUUGCCGUUAAGACCAUGAAGAUUGCCAUCUGCACCCACAGUGAGAUGGAGGACUUCCUCAGCGAGGCCGUCUGCAUGAAAGACUUUGACCAUCCCAAUGUCAUGAAGCUCAUCGGAGUCUGUCUUCAGAACACAGAGGGCGACGGGUACCCUUCUCCUGUUGUCAUCUUGCCAUUCAUGAAGCAUGGUGACCUCCACAGCUUUCUCCUCUACUCCCGCCUUGGGGACAGCCCUGUGUACCUGCCGACACAGACACUGGUCAAAUUCAUGACGGACAUCGCUAGCGGGAUGGAGUAUCUCAGCAGCAAGAACUUUAUACAUCGUGACCUGGCCGCCCGUAACUGCAUGCUCAACGAGAGCAUGACGGCCUGCGUGGCCGAUUUUGGCCUUUCCAAGAAGAUCUACAACGGCGAUUACUAUCGGCAAGGGCGCAUCUCGAAGAUGCCCGUCAAGUGGAUUGCCAUCGAGAGCCUGGCUGACCGUGUCUACACCAUCAAGAGCGAUGUGUGGUCCUUCGGCGUUACCAUGUGGGAGAUUGCGACCCGAGGCCAGACGCCGUACCCCGGCGUGGAGAACAGUGAGAUCUAUGACUACCUGUGCCAAGGCAACCGCCUGAAGCAGCCUCUUGAUUGCCUAGAUGGCCUGUACGAGCUGAUGCUGAGCUGUUGGGCCCUCCACCCACGGGACCGCCCCAGCUUUGAGGUGCUGCACCGGGAGCUGGAGACGAUCCUCAAGGCCCUCCCGCCGGCGAAGGAGCCCGAGGAGAUCCUCUACGUCAACAUGGACGAGGGUCCAGCCGCCGGGGAGGCUGAGCUGGGCGCCGUCGGCGGCCUGGGCCCCGAAGAAGCCCCGAGCAAGGAAGGCCAGGGGCUCAAGCCCACGGUGACGGCCGCUGAGGUUCACCCACCCCAGGCUGUGGGGCGCUACGUGAUGUGCCCCACCCCGCACGAGAGCAGCCGGCUCCUGACCGAGCCCCCUGGCUGUGCCGCCACGGAAGAAGGGGCGUGAAGGGAACACGGUGAAGUUCUGGCCGAGAGAGGGAACGGUUGUGACCAACUAGACCUUCCCCCCCCGGCCUAGGAUUUAGAAGGUUCCUCUCGUGGAGGGGAAGAGGUUUCCCUGAGAAACUUCCUCCUUUUUUUGGUAACGAACCACUGCUUUCCCUUUUACAAACCCUGCUUUCCCCCCUCCCUGGUAUGGCCAGGGGACCCUUUUUCCCUCUUGACCCUCCUUUCCAGGGGGAAAAGGGUUUUGGAUGGCUGGCGCUGAGCGUCCAUCGCACUCCCGGCCACCCUUCCCCAUCCGGCCACCCUGGUCCCCAACGCCGAGGGAAGGCAAGAACACGUUCUCAAGGGGAGAGACAUGGGGAAGGUAGCGCCCGGGUCAGUUCCUCUCCUCUCUUUUUUGGACUUCGAUUCCCAGGAUUCUGGGUGUUGUAGUCCCCCCCCCAAAAAAAGGAAUCUUGAAGCUCAAAGAGAAUGUGAAGGGGAAAACUCUUUCCCUCCAUUGUCUUUCCCUCGAAAUCUGCGACUGAAGUUUAGCUGGUGACCCCCCCCAGCUCACAAGCUACUAGGAUUGCCACUUGGGAGAGGAUGAUGGGGUGGCCCUGCUCCCGUAUUUUUAACAGAUGUGCAUCUGUUGAGUGGGUGUAGCUUUCCCAGAGCUGUGAAGGGGGGGGAGCUCUGCCUGCUCCUUUUACAAGAGGUCGGCUGCUUUUAAGGGCCCAGGAGCAGGGUUGGUUCCCCCCCCCCUUUGGGGUUUUUAAGGAAGGAUGAUGACCCUCGAAACUGCUUCUUGUAUAGCCAAAUGAAAGCAGUUGUGCCCCAUUUAAUUCCCAGCUGUUUCACUGCCACGUCUCUUGCACUGUCUUCCUUUUGCCAGCGUGCCCCUCCUCAUGCUGGCAUCCUCAGAGGUGCCAGGAGGCUCUUAUAUAUUCACCCCGAUUCCCCGCUGGGAGAAUCUGACUCUGGCCGUUCAAUGGCAAGAGAAAUGAAUUCUGUGUAUGCACAGAGGGCAUCUCUCUUUACUGCUUCUCAGGAGCCACCCUUGGCAUUCAGAGCUGAUUCCAGAGCGACUCCAGUUCAGGUUUCCACCUGGCAGAUUCUUUUAACCCCGUCUGUUCAAGGGGGGGAGUACUAGAUUCUCCUCAACCCCUGUUCAAAAGCUGAGAGGUGUCAGACUCAACAGGUUAUCGAAGACACCUCUUUAGACAUCAGUGGGUUGUGCUGUGAAUUCUCCCAGGAACGGGUGGGUGGGUAAGGUUGCUGAAGGAGCCAGAAGCCAUAUCCAUGUGCCAUCCUCAGAGGGGCCACGGGGCAGUAAAAUGCACUCAAGCAUCUCUCUUAUUUUUUCCAAGGGGAACAUUUUUGGUAAUAUAUUUCAAUCUAGAGAAGAAAAACCUAGCCCAAAGCCUUCCCACUAAUAAGAGCUAACAGUACAGUAAAUGUUAAGGCUCCUACCUCCUCCAAACCUUUCUUCCUGACAAAGGCUCUGCAUCUUUACUCAUUCCAACCAGGUACGAGAUCAACAGGAGGCAUUUUUCUCCCAUUGUAGUGAAUGCCCACUUGCAGAUGCCAUAUAGACCCUUGCUUUUGGGGGUGGGGGCAGGUUGUCCAAAUUUUGCAGGAGCUCUCCGAGGUGCUGAAACCCUCUCUAUUGCACCUUGGGCGGCUGCUUCAAAGUUUGGAUGAAAACCCAGAGCGGAUUUGCCUUCGCCCCCCCCCUCCUCCUCACACUGGAGUCGACAGCCUCCCACAAACCUCCUGAAUUUUCCAGAGGUCUAAAGCGAAACAGUGAUGACCCAGCACAGUCAUAAUGGCCACAAUACCUUCAACGCCUUUAGGAUUCUUUUUGAGCCACCUUCCACAUUUUGGUGGGACUUGCACGAGCAUCUCGUGCCACUCUCACUGAGACGAACACAAGUUGUGUAGAACAGAAACAGCUGUGAGUGUUCUCCUUUUAUUAUUAUUAAAAACAAAUCCACAUUUUGCACCAGAACUCUGUUAAGCCCCCUUUUCAAGGGAGACCCACCUCAAAAAAGGUGAUUUCUUCUUUUAGAGCUAAGUACGGCCCCUACUGAUUUUAUGACCCUUCAUAGAUUGUGCACCUUCACAGCAUAUUGACUGCAUCUGUCACACAUGGAGUUAUUUACAAUAAUCUUCACACCAUGACAGCAGUUCCUCCUUCUAAACUGAAGACAGACUGGAACUGGUUGAACUAUUAGUCACAUCCCUCCAGCAAUGAGAUGCCCAGACAGAGAGGUGGCAAAUUGAUUAAAUCUUUCUUCCAUUCCAUUUUGUCCGUUCAAAGUAGUGUGGCUCUGGAAACACUUCACCGUGUUUUUUCCCCCCUGUCUGUGUAUUCACUCUGCUUUCACUUCAGAUUAAAUAGGCUUUGCAGGUUUAUCUUUUUUUGAACCUGCCACACCUGUUUAAUCAGGAGCAACGAUGGAACAACAGAAAAACCUGCAGAACCUAAUGGCUAGUUCCAGCCGUACACGAAACGUCUUCCCACACAGUGAUUUCCUUUCCUUUCGCACCACAAAGGCACACGUGUUGCUGAUUUGUUCUUCAUCGUCCAUAUGACAUUCCUCUCCUUUGCACCAGCAGCACUUGGUAAGAACGCCCAAUCUACGUAAAAGCCACUGCAAGCUUUGGAGAUGUCCAGCCAUGAAUAAGUGCCAAAAAAAAAA